AUGGCAGAUUCCAUUUGGCACGCUUUAUGCAAACAUCCCACUCAGCCUGUGUCAACUGAAAAGUAUUCAACGAUUGUCGACCAUGCAACCACUCAACUCCAUGAACCCAUUCACUCCAUCUUGACAACUCUGGAUCGACGCGCCAUGGCAUUGACAAAGCUUGCCAACUUUGAAUCAGCUCUUCACGAUGCCAAAGCUAUGCAACAGCUAUCGUCUUCUUCAGCACUUGGAUAUAUACGCGAAGCCGACAUUUACAGCGAGCAAGGAAAACAACUUCAAGUCAUUGAUGUAUGCAGCAAGGGAAUGACUAUGGCCGACACCAUGGAUAAGCAUUAUGAUGAUUUGAAACGAGUCAAAAUGGAUGCUGAGCAACGCCAGAAUGCAUGCAUCGACUUUAUCAGCCAGCUUCCUAUGGAUAUUGUGAUCACCAUGCUCAUUCCCAUGUUUAUGUACUUUGGACUCUGGGAUUCAUUCAAGCCGGAUCCCUCUAUGCAUGUAUCACAUGAAUGGCGUAAUCGUAUCGUUCAAUCCUUUAAUGGGUUACGUAUCAGGCUCUAUGAGUACAAGGUCAUCUUGGACUUCAUCCCGCUUGCUCGCCAUAUCACGGCAUUGGAUAUUUUUUCUUUCACUGGAGGAACAUGGCUUUGUGAUUUACUGCGCAAUAAUGACUUUUGCUCGUUGAAGGAGUUAGCCAUUGAAAGAUUUACGGCUGAUUGCAUGGAUCAGCUGGUUGACUCAUUGAAGUCCAUCAGCACCACUUUGACACACUUUCAAAUUGAGCCGCUUGGGAAGGCCAUGCUACCGAUUACCGACAUUCUUGGCAAUUGCCCCAAUCUCAAAUCACUCGAGGUCAACCGCCCAUCUGCUACAGAUAUCAGCUCUCUUCCAAUGAUGACUUGGCCCAAGUUGACGACAUUGAUCAUUUGUUCCAAUGUAUGCGACAUCAUUACCAGCGACAAGCUAAAAGCGAUUGGGGAACGUUUUCCGUCACUCAAGAAGCUUUCCCUUUCUCCAUGGCAAGAUAUGGAAUCCACACGCGUCGUCUUGGAUUAUUAUCCCUGGAUGAACAGCAUUGACAUUGUGAAGAGUUGUGGUGGUUUCAAUAUUGCCUACUAUCAAAAAGAACCUCGAUGUAAAGGGAAUGGUGUUACCCAUAUUGAUGUCCAGGUCUAUGGCAUGAAAGAGGAUGCUUGGAAGAACGCUAUCUAUAUUCUACUGCAGCAUCAUGAGACACUCGAAUGUAUGAAAUUCAACGUGGAGGCUGCUAAUGGGCAGGAGGAGGUAUACAAUAUCGAGUACCCUUGCUUGAAGCGUCUUUCCCUUGCCUACUCUGGAUCCCGGAUACCGCGUCAUGCACCUAUGCUUGAGGAAUUGGAGAUACGCUACCUUCUAACGGAUGAAGUGUGUGUAGUGCCUGAUUCAGCAUCGACCAAAUUGACAAAGCUUGUAGUAGAGAUGGAUCUUCCAAUGCACGCUGGCGCCAACCCACCCUUUGAACGAUACCUUCAUCAGCUUGCCCAACACUCACACUUGAAAGAACUCGAUGUUACGUUCAACAGCGUGGCGCGUAUCGACAAUGUGGUAGAGGCAAUGUUUCAUCUUGGGACUCUUGAACGCUUGAUGAUGUUUGUUACCAGUGAAUGGGAAUGCACUUCAACGCAACGAUUUCUUGUUGGACUUGCCAAAGGAUGUCCGAACUUAUCCUGCUUUGGGAUUAGCUGUAAUACCGCGCCAUCCGCAUGUUCAAUCAAUGCCUUGAAGCAGCUUGCGCAUUUGGAGCGAUUUGGAUUUUCCAUUGAAGGCAUGGAUGGUGAUGAUGCUUUUUGGAACGCCAUUGAAACCUUUCCACAGCUCAAAAACAUUUAUGUCUUCCCUGCAAAUGAAACCAACAUGUAUCGUCUUCGCUAUCUCAAGGGGAAAAGACUGGACCUGAAGAUUACCAUCACCAGAUGGUUGAACGAGAUCUGA